ACGUACCCUGGUGAUUCGGAGACCAAUGACCCGUGACGGUUUGAGAAUCGGAAUGUGUACUGCACGUGCGCUACAUGGUAAAUAUAUAUCAGAUAUGACACGAGUGAGGAUAUUGGUGUUAUCACUGCCAUUUUUUGUCCUUUGUUUCGUGUACGUACCACUCAUGAAUACUACUGUACGUAACAACAUCAUGCACGUGAUUAAGGCACGUGGAUACGUCUCGCCGAAUAUUGCCACAUUGAAGGUCUCAUCAACUGAUACGUCAGGUGUUCGUCUACUGUGCUGGAUAAUGACGUCACCACAAACUGUUGUUUCCAAGGCUACGCAUGUUCAAAACACGUGGGGUAAACGAUGUGACAAACUCUUAUUCAUGAGUUCCAACGGAACGAAAGAACAGGCGAAGCAUCUCCCUGUAGUCGAACUUCCAGUUAAAGAAGGCCGAGAACAGUUAUGGCAGAAAACGAAAGAAGCAUUUUUACAUAUAUACUCUUUAUAUUUACAUGAUUAUGAUUGGUUCCUGAAAGCAGAUGACGACACUUACGUCAUUGUGGAAAAUUUACGUCAUUUCCUCAGCAAUAAAAACCAGAAAGAAGCUAUCUAUUAUGGACGAAGGUUUAAACCUUACGUAAAACAGGGUUUCAUGAGUGGUGGGGCAGGCUAUGUUCUCAGUCGUCAGGCCAUUCGAUCUCUCAUAUUAACCGGAAAUUCUACAACAACCUAUUUGAAAUCUAAAUGUGCCGAGUUUUUUAUUGGUGAGGAUGUUCAACUAGGCCGAUGUCUUGAGUUGGUAGGGGUAAAAGCUGGAGACACCAGGGAUUCGGAAGGAAAGGAGCGGUUUUUCCCUUUGAAUCCGGAAAAUCAUAUUGUUCCAGGCAGCAUUCCACGGAAUAGCUGGUAUUGGAGUCAUCUCUACUAUCCACAUAUACAGGGUUGCAGUCGUUCUGUGAUUUCCUUUCAUUACAUAAAGCCUAAAAUGAUGUACGCCUUGGACUAUUUUGUGUACAACAUGACGCUCCCUACUAAAUGACAUCACAAUUAUGAACCUGUAAAUACCUUCCUGUCUGAGGAUUAGCUAUGCCAAGUUGGAAACCAAUCGGAAAUGAAAUGUAACAGAGCAUUCUCGGCAUGAUCUGCUGUCAAGGGAAGUAACUCUGCUAAAAUUAUCAGAAUGAACAAUAAAUCAAUGGCCAAUUCAAAUAAGCUAAUUUUUUUUUCAUUUUUGCAGAAUCAGCAAUUUAAAAUACGUUGUAGUAAGCUAAAACGGAUGGAGGAGGGGGUUGAGAAUAAAUAUUGUUUGGUACCAAAGG